AGAUAAAUUCGGAAGACCGCGUUGUUUGAUUUCAAUAUAAUGAGUUUCUUGGCGGAUGACCGUCGUAGGUCUAGGAAGUCAGCUCCUGUUAAAAAUGCAGUUUUCCUGGGAGCAAUUAACAAAAGUCGCUCUCGUGCAUACACUCCAAUAAACCAAAAUCAAAUAGAUAACAUACAGUCCGAGAACCGUGACGUUGGACGGUGGCUAGAAAAGUCAUCCCAAAAUGUAGAAAGUGAGAGGACUAGUCGUUCAUCUACUAAGGCGAUCGGAAAAACGACACCUGUUCGGAUGUCUACACCUGUUCGAAGCUGCGAAAACACUCCAAGGUACAGGACUCGACACCGAUCUAAGGAGGAAAGUUGUGAUCACAACAGGUCACGUAGCAUCUUAUCCUCGACUGGAAGUCGUCGGAAGUUCCAUCCUGAUUAUGAUCCGCUGAUUGAGAUCAGGCGUGCCCAGGAACGUCUUGAUCGCUACCGAACUCACGGAGAUUGGAAGGUCGAUAUGCUGCUUUGCGAUGAUGCUGACGAAGAUCUAAAUCGCUAUGAAGAGAAGUUAAAGCGCAGGCUAGCUGAAAGGGGAGAAGGACAAGAAUCUAUUGAACUUGAAAGAAGGCAGAUGGAAUUGUUAAGGAGACAAAAAGACAUCGAUAUGGGUAAAGUCACAGAACGUUAUGCUGAAUACGUGUUAAGUAUUCCAAAACCUGAGCGUCAAAAGUACCAUCCUCGUACUCCCAACAAAUUUCGUAAAGUUUCUCGUCGCGCAUGGGAUGGUAUGAUUCGUAAGUGGCGCAAACAUCUACACAACUUCAGUGAUCUUAAUUUUGAAGAUACUUGGCGUUCGUUAUCGACUGCUGAUCUCUCAAGUAGUCUUUCUAGUUCGUCAUGGGUCUUAGAAAGCGCUACGUCUAGCGACACAGAGAAUAUAAAUCCAGAAGAAUAUCGAAUUCCAUUAAUAAACUGUGACCAACCUCUUUCCCAUUCUUUUCAAAGCCCAAAGGAUCUCACAGCUUCGCCAACCAUUAAAAUGUCAUGUAAUCAAAACCAGUAUCGCAAGUAUGAUGAAGAUGAAGAUACACUACAGGGGAUUCCAAAGCAGUGUAAAGACAGAAAACUUUGUCAAGAAAUUCCUAAAGAGGAAGAAGAAGACACUUUGACAGGUCCCUUAACCACUCAUGAAAAUCGCAGGAUGACACGACAUUCCAAAAUAUCCUAUGAACCUUCAGCUGAUAUUUUGCAUAGUGGGCUCACAAAUGAUAUGCAAUCACUAGCUCCUGUCGGUCAUAAACGGUCUUCAGUACAUCUCGAUCAAAGUAUUGCUUUUAAAAAAACUGUUGAUAUUCACAAUUUCACAGACUUCCCUCAUUUGAUUCCAACUACUGGUAAGUAAUUUGGAUUUAUGUAGAAAUUAUAUGUACAUCUUGUCAAUGCAAAUGGAACAGUAUGACCCCGAUGUACUGAUUGAAGUUCAGUCGAAAUUCACUCAGUAACCUUGGUCGUGUAAGGGUAGUUUAGCUACAUUAUGUUAAAAAUUCGUAAGAAUGGUCGUAAAGUUUCUAAGAAAUAUUAAUAUAAACUAAUGUUGCCGUAUCAUGAUUUGAUCUUUAUGACCUUAUUGUUGUUCAUCCUUAAUUUUUAUGGCAGAUAUUCUAACGCCUAAAGUUAAUUUCUGUGUUGAAUAAUUAGGCUGUCGCAUCUAAUCAGCAAUGUGACGAAAUUUCAGUUGACCAGUUCGUAAUAGUUAGUAGUUAUCCAUGAACUAAGGGGAUGUUGACUGAAUCAUUUAGUGAGGUUCUAUGUAAACAUUAAAAAGAUGAAAAAUAGGUUAGCAUAGCAUCAGUUUAAGUUGCAACAAUCCAUAAGGAAGUGAAUCGAAGAGAAACUGUACUAAGAUAUAUAAUAGUGUAUGAGAAGAGACUAAAUAAAUGAAAUUUAUUGAAGAUAUUUUGUUGGAAACUUUCAAUAAUAUAACUCCAAUGGUACAGAUAUCUACACUGCUUAACGACUUUGAUAUUCUGAUUUCAUUAGUCUUCACUUAUUUGUCCUGUGUUUGGUGAAGUCACCAUGUGAGCAAUGUUGAGGUCAGGUGAAGGUUACUAGGCACAAUAGGCAAGUCAAUUGAUGAGGUUGUGAACCUUAGUUGACUGAAGUGUCUUGGGAAUGGACUGCUCAUGUCAAGCCACUACUACCUACGUCAACUCGCCAUACUGCCUGAAUACAAUAUUCAGGUGUGGACUAAAAAUUUGAGGUUUUGUUAAGCGGGAUAUGUUAUCUCACUCGGAAUAGGUUUUAGAUGUCGAAAGCUUCAGUGUCAAGUCCGCAGUGUAGUUCGACUUGGGUCUUAAUCAGUGGUCGCAUAGUAGGACGUUAAAGGGGAACGGUAGAGGGCACAAUGUUUCCCAACAGGAACACAAUUUGAAUGCAAAGAAAUGUAUAAAAACUAAAGGGCAUGCUGCUUUAAAUGAGUAAUUUGAUAUCUUUUGAGAUACUGGAUAAAAAAGUGGGAUAGUUGUAUGUAGCUACAGAAUCAAAGGGACAUGUUAAAGUUCCAGCAUACGUUACUUUUUGAACUAUCUGUUGUGUUUGCGUAAGUAAACUACCACUAUGGGAAUCGAGGAUGCAAUAUACCUUGAUUUUUGAACCAACUGCAUUUAGAACCUUCCAACAAAGAGGGAGCAAUAUAAACUCGGAGUCUUCGGGAAACAUCUUACCGCUGUCAUGCCUCAUAGAGCUAACAGGACUUCCUCAAACUCAGAACCCAGAACCCUCUGCCAACCGGUGGCUGUUAAAUUGACUUGGUGGUCUGGCUGGCAUAUCGCAAUAAUCCAGCGAGCAGCACUGACCGGAACGCUUUUUCCUUCAAGGUCCUGCCAUACCGGAAAGCCUGCUGGAUAGUGGUAAGACGAAAAGCAGUUACCUUUAGUUGUAAAUUUUAACGUUAGAUGGGAGUCCGAUGGCGAAGUCUCACUGUUGAUGGGGCGGGGAAACGAAAGCUGUUAGGUAUCUCUUGAAUGACCGGCAGUGCCCUCGCGGAUAAUGUCUUCCCUGUGCCACCGGGAGUUAGAAAAGACCGGCCCUAGAAAUAGCCAUCUCGUCUAUACCUGCGGCAUAUCGAUGCUGGCUAUAUAGUUUCAUAGUCGGCUUCAAAACUGAAAAACAAAAUCUCAAACUUCCAAAAAGAUGGUGUGUGACACCUAAAGCAGAUGUUGUUUGGACUCUAUGGUCACCCAUUAACCCUUUUUUUUGAUGCACCUCUAGUACUAAUUUUCUAUGGUGUAAGCAUCCGGGAAAUUGCAGAUUUUAGUGUCCGCACACUUCCUUAACUCGACCAACAAGCUUCUCUAGCCGAAACACUAGCAUCUGGGUCAUGAAUGUGUGCUGUGUUUGCAAGACACGCAUACGGGGGCCCUAGUGGUUUAGUUCACUUAACCUCAUCUAGUCAAAUAUGGUGACUUCGCAGAAUUCAUGCUUCGAGUUUCUGGAGAUUUGAUGGCUAGUUUUUGCGGUCUUCCAGAUGUGGGUAUUGAACUAAGUAUAAUCUCUAGGCAGAAAAUGUGCUGGACUCAACAGCACAGUAAGAAGUAUAAAAAAAUGGUAGAACUCUUUCAUGUCUCUUUUUUUUAAUAUCCGAUUACGCAAUGGAACGAUGGUCGGAACACUUCGAGAAACGGUUCAACUGGCCUCCAGCUGCCAUUCCGUUUCCGCUAUUCACUUGGAGUCCCUUCCUCCCAGUACUUACAGAAGUUGGGAAGGCUAUAGGUAAUCUGCAAAAAGUAAAAACAGACGGACGAGUUCCAGAAGACAGGAUUAGUAUUACAAUAAAGAGGUGUUAACUAGUGUGUGGAGUCAGUUAUGAUCCCCUCUGACUGGUCGCAGUCACUGAUUGUUCCACUAUUCAAGGAAAAUUUGAAGUCAUCUUGUGAUGACUACAGGCGAACCAGCUGGAUGAACAUAGGAGUUAGGAUUCCGGUUUCUAUGAUUAUCAGACGUCUAAGUGGGGCUCGAAAACAAACCCAAGAAAAGCUGGCAGGUUCCAGAACAAACCACGAGCAUAUCCACUCGAUACUCAUCCUCUGCCAAGUUCUGAAACAGGCAUACUUACCACUGCUCACCACUGGUUGCAUUUUUUGAUCUAUAGGCGCCAUUCAAGUCUGUGCAACAAGAGGUCGCAUAGCAGCUUCUCUCUGAAGGCGGGGGUGCCGAAUGAGUAUACCACUCUGUACUCGGACAUGGCUGUGUUAGAACCGACUGUGAGUGGUCAAGUGAAUGUUCACUAAUUUUUUUUUCAAACACAUAUUUAUGAAGGUCUCCCUCUCGUCUUUUGACUUGACAGGGAUUGAUUUAGUCACAAGAGACUCUUUAGUAGACAGUCGUGUCGGGUGAAGGUGUUGAGAAUAUGUAGAGUCUUCUAGAACCCUUAAGUGGUGAUUUGUAAAUGUUUGUGAUGCGUUUCUCAUCACCCAAAAGCAAAUUAUUCUUCCGGAACUUAUUUUCAGUCUUGCCUUGUUAAACAGUAGGGAAUAAGAUGGUCGAGAGCAUUAACGACUUCACUUCAGCGCUCAAGUAGGAAAGCUAAGCCAGUCAGAAAGUCAUCUUGGAUCUACUUGCGGAAUCCCAUACCAACAAAGAGACAAUGGUGAUCGUUUAAUGCAGUUCUGUUCUGACAAUUACUUGUCCCUGACCAGGAAUAUUUUCAAGUGUGAGGAGAGAUACCGCUUUACAUGCUCUCCGCUGACAUCAAACCAACGAAAGACACGGAUAGAUCAUAUUUUCAUGAACUGUCGUUGGAGAAUUGCCGCUCUUUCUGUAGUUCCUGUGUGGACUUCGAUCACCUGUUAUUAUGGGGAUGUGUAUGUCUGGGUAUCCAAAUGGAAUGUAAAAACAUUCAUGGAGUGGAUAUCUAAGUGAAAUAGUUGGACCAUCGACCACUACACUUAUGUGCGAAAUGUAAUCACCCCUGAAGGACCGAUGACGGAUGAAAUGUUUACAUUAAUACAAAAGACUGAAUUAGGACAUUACCAACAAGAUUUCUUUUUCCCCAAAACCCUAAAUUAUCAGAAGUUGUUUACAUAAUUGGAGGUAUCGGCUUUUAGUUUCGCAACGAUGCAACAAACCUUUUUGAUAUGGUAGGAUAUCAAGGAGCAACUGUUUUUCAGCCAGAAUAGCUUACUGAGCUAUCUUAACAGGCGACAACAUCACUGUCAUGUCAAAACAGCUAAGGUCAGUCGGUAACCAAUUUAUGGCGACGCAUUUUUGAUUGAGGUCCUUUGAUUUUAUCUGCUUGUUAUUAAUUUAACGGGUCAACAAUAUGUUAUAGCAUGCGUUGAUGAAGAACCUCGCCUGGUUAACUAGUUCACUAGUUACUAGCCGGUCCUAAGCCCGGGUAAAGAGGGAAGGUUGGGCAUAGGGCUAGCAACCCUACCCCGUAAAACAAAUCUAACCGCUAAAGAAACUUCAAAGCAC